UGCUGGUUUAUGUAGUCAUUUCCGUCCACUCGUUUUAAUAUCAGUUGCUUUCUGCUGUUUUUCUUUACUCAAUGCUGUUAACGCAUUAUUGUAUCCUAUAGUUGCCGUAUACUCGAUGACAGGCCUUGGUUGUGAUCCAAUUCUCGAGUGCAUCCGAUGUUAUAGUAUACAUGACAUAUAUUAUAAUAUGAGGUACACCCGGGUGGGGAGUCAGAAUAUAGGGUCUGUUCUUUAUAGCUGAACUGUUGCACCAGUUUAGAGCUUACUUUUCUCCUUCCAAUGUAGAGAGAAAAAGAUAAACUCUGAACUAGUACAACCAGUUCAGCUAUAAAAAACAGAUCUUAACCAAGGCAUUUCUGUUACCGAGCGUACGGCACAAUCCUGGGAUACAGUAGUGUUACCUACUGGGAAUUUUUAUGGACAUGCCUACGUAGUUCAAUGUCCAUGUUUUAUAGUCAUGGAGGCGUCUUAAAUACGAGUUUUGUCUACAUCUCGGAAGCAUAGUCACUCUUAAGACUUCUCUUUAUUACUAAAGCAAGAUAAGUCGCAUUAUGUGCUGUAUUAGUCAUUCAACCAUGACAUUGAGUUAUCAUAUUAAAUAGUUUUCUUGAUAUACGUAUCUUUUUAUAAUAGGAAUAUAUUAUUUUUUUGUUUGCGAUAACAAAGUGUAAAGUUUGAUCAUCAAUCUUGAAAUUGCAGUGUAUAACAAAAUGUUGCAAAUUGCAUCAAUAUUUUUGUUUUUGGCUACUUCAAUCAUUGCACAGGAAUGCAAAGAUAAAGCACUAUGUUUAGUGCCAUCAGAAUUUAAUCAAAAUACUGAUUGGGAAUCAGCCACCUCGGUUUAUGACUUCAAUGCAGAUGAUAUUCUGGGCAAUAACGUCUCGCUGGAGAAAUAUCGUAAUCAUGUGCUCAUUAUUGUUAAUGUUGCUAGCAAUUGUGGGUUAACAGAUAUUAAUUAUAAACAGCUCCAGGAGCUAUAUGAUAAAUACAACAAGAAGGAAGGUUUACGAAUUCUUGCCUUUCCUUCUAAUCAAUUUGCUGGUCAGGAACCAGGUAGUUCUGAAGAAAUCCGUAAUUUUGUAAAGCGUUAUAAUGUAACUUUUGACAUAUUCAACAAAGUUGAUGUAAAUGGAGAGAAUGCCCAUCCAUUGUGGAAGUGGCUAAAAACACAGAAAGAUGGAUUUAUUACCAACAAUAUUAAAUGGAAUUUUACCAAAUUUAUCAUAGACAAAAAAGGUAAAGUGAUGGAAAGAUUCUCUCCAUCCACUGAACCAUUAGAAAUGGAAGAAACCUUGAAGAAAUAUUUUUAAGUUUUUACAAUACUCUCUCUUAAGUUUUACAAACUCUCUUGUUUCUUGGUCUCUCUCUCUCUCUUUCUAUAUAUAUAUAUAUAUAUAUAUAUAUAUAUAUAUAUAUAUAUAUCGUAUAGUGUGCGUGUCAGCUUAUACUAUAUAAAUAACAUACUCAAGCUGUCUCAUUGAAAAUAAUGUCAUGUUUGAAUAAUUCUGAACAAAUGAUCAAGUGUUCUAUGAAAAAAUUGCUUGUAUAAAUUGUAUAGUUUUGAGAAGUACAUAACAUAAUGAUAUUUGCAUGAUUUUAUGUGUACUUGUCAAAAUUACAUCAAAAUCAGCUGGAAAUUUUUAAAUGAGAAUUCUCAUAUAUAUUUUAUAAAGAAACUUGUAUGUAACAAUGUUAUCUUGCAAUAAUAUUCUAUUACAAUAUCGUUGUAAUAACAUUGCACAAUAAUAUAUAUGAUAAAUUACAGUUUUAUAUCAUCAAGAUAAUUUAAAGUACAUUAUAUUUUUACUAUCACAUUAUAUUAUUGCAAUAAACAAUGUGGGAUAUCCAAAAUAUUGGGUAGCAAGAUAUACAUAUCUUGUGAAAGUGUGUGAUCAGAUGUAUGUAUACAUGUCAUUUACUUACAGAGUAUGCUGUAACAAAGCAUGCAGAAUUACUUUUUUCCUUUCUUAUAUUCCUAUCUUAUGUUUAAGUAUAUGAUGUAUGAACAAAUAUAUUAUACUCUUAAAAAUGAUAUGAAUAAGAAAAAUAUACAAUUAUUUUAUAAAUAUCAA